AUGGCUGAUUUGCCUUUCAUGAAUCCAUAUGAUUGGAUUUUGUUAUUCAACAUAGUUGCGAAGGAUGUGACUAAAUACGAGCCAAUAUUCAACCAUCUGAAGAGGAUGCUUAAGUGCUACAUCCUAGAGAUUGGAAAAACGAAUAUUGAGAUUGCCUCCAUUCUAAAUAAUAGACCCAUAAUGAAGCCAUUUGAAGAACCUGAGGAUAUCCAAGAUCUUCCUAGUGGAGUGAUUGAUGAGGAAUAUAGGAGCAUCGUAUAUAAGAAGAAGGAGGGUGGAGUUCUGAAAAAUUGCAAGUUCUUUUUAAGGGACAAACACUCGUAUUCCACAAAUGAAAUGAAUCAGAUUCUAGUAAGGGUGAAUGCGAAAAAGACCAAUUCGGCUUCAGAUUUGAAAUGUGUGUCAGAUAUGAUUCAGUGGUAUUUGGCUGUUAGGGCAACCCUUCUGAAAAAUAUUGCCUAA